AUGGCUGCUUCGAGGCCAGCGCGCCCUAAGCCCCUGGAGUGGUCAGGUCCAUCGCAUUUGACAGUAUUUAUCCGCAAUCUCAAACUGCUGAACCUCGAUCAACGCGAUGAUUGGCCCGAAAUUACACUCCGCUCGCUGUCGUCGUCAUCGGCGAACCAGCGACAGCGCACUCGCCUAGUCGAGUGGGCUCUCUAUUACCUGUUCACAAUCUGGGAUCCAGAGGGUGCUCGAAAUAAACUCCGUCCCUUCUUCCCACCGCUAGAGCCCCUACAGUCCGUCAACCUCCGCGCAGCACUCUUUCGUGUUUUGACCGAAUUGAAGAAAAAUGGCGACCUAGGGCGAGAAACAAUUCUACGAAAGACAAUGCUGGAUGAUUGCAAGGGCGAGAAGUUCGAUGAGCUGCUCGCUGUGUUCUCGACGGCGGUUCUACGGAAGCUACUCACGAUAUCCGUGACAGAUGCAUCAUGGAACUCUGCUAUGAAGCUUUCUAUGGCCAAUUCUAUCUCCUUGGUAGACUACCAGAAUAUACUACCACUCAUACUAGCUCAUCGAGCUUCUCUCAAUGCGGCAGGGGGGCGCCGUGCAAGAUUGCAUGAUGUUUACGACCAGUUCUCGCAGCUGCUGGACAACAAGAAGAUCGAGCUUUCGGAGCGUGCGAAUAAGAAACAUCAAGACUUGGGUCAAACUCAAGUUGAUCCAGACAUCUUGACUCGUGAGCUUCGAGCCAAUUGGCUGGGGAGCGAAGAAUGGGCUACGGCUUUGCUCGAAGGGGGAACACAGGGCUGCACGGAUUCUUUCUUGGAGCAGCCAUUCUCGAAAGCUUUGGCUUGUGCAACAGAUUCAUCAGUUGAUAGUCUUAAAUUAGGUGCCAAGCAAGACCUGAUUUUUGAUCUUGAGGCACGGGUUUUGCGGCUCAGGGGCCGACUACGCAGGUGGCACGAGUUCAAUGAUUCCCUUCGCAAGGAAAAUGGUCAGAAUGGUUCAUCGGCUAGUGCAAAGCCCCAGGAGCCCCGUCUGCUAUUCCGCGAUCACCAAGCCCUUACAGUGGCAAGUAUAUCCAAAGCUGUACGACAGCCUGCAGACCAUGGAAGGGUUCUCAAGCAGGAGGAUCGAUCAUUCAUGUCAACAGUUAAUGAGGCCAUUAUCCGCAUCAAUGGGAAACCUCGGAAACCCAUGAGUCACAAGAUACCAGAUCGUACUAUCAAAGUCAAAGCUCUCCCAGUCGAAACUGAGAGCCUUAGUGAUCAAAGCAUCUCGCCAAUAUCGGAGAUCAGCGCAGAAAUUCCUAUGCCUGCUACAAAUAGGUCCACAUACACUAUUAGCGUGGAACCGAGUCCCGAGAUUGAGCCCGUGCAACCCUCCAUCUCAACCCCAACCGUUCGUCUUUCGCCAGAACCAACCUUCAAAUUUGAUGAGCCAAACUAUGAGCCCGUGAAAGCCUCUUCGCCUUCCCAUCGCAGGCUCAUCGAACGUACCCGCAAAUCCAUGUCUCUUGUUCCACCUCCCACCUCCCACGAAGGGCCUCGGCCCCGUCAGCGACGUGCUCCACGAGCUUCCCUCCCAGUGAAUCAGUUCGAGACACCCCGAAAAUCUUCCGGCCCAAAUGGGAGAUCUGGUGCGUCAACGCCGCAAGACAAACUUUUCGAAGAAGAUGCAGAAUAUGCUAGCAUUUUUAAAUCGCGGCCGCGUGUGGCGCUUAGUCCUAUAUCUUCGCCUGCCGUGCAUUUUAGUCCUGAACUCGACGAAUCAGAGGAAGAGUUCGAGUUGGAUUAUGACGGGGCGGAGUGGGGAGAUGUGGAUUCGCCUUUGGCUACGACUAAAUAUAGGUAG